UCCGCCAUCUUGCAGGGGUCCGUUCCAAUAAGGAGAGGGCGGUUAGAAGGAGACUCGACACCCGAAAGCGAGCAAACAUGUCUCGUCGGCGGACGAACACCUGACAUUUUAAAUAGUAGCGUCCAUGGUGGUGAGUGGUCCUGCUAACAUUUCAGACGUCAAAGGAACGACACCAGGCGAGGAGGAUGGCGUCGGCAGCGGUCGGCAUGUCCGAUCUGUCGGAUGAGAUCCUUCUGUGCAUCCUGCGCCACGUGCCCGUGUUUGACCUGCUCACCAACGUGGUGCCCGUCUGUCAACGGCUGCAAAGGCUCUGCCGCGACAAGAGUCUGCUGGCGCACGUAUGCCUGUCUGAGGAGUACAUGAUGGACGACAAGAUGGUCCGCCACACGCUGCGGCUGCUGUCCAAUCAGGUGCAGUCCCUGAGCCUCAAUGGCGUCUACUGGCUGAGCAGCGGCGUCAUGGAUUCGGUGGGGCGCUGCAAGGCGGUGACGCGUCUGGACGUGAGCGGGUGCCGGCUGACGGCGCCGCGCCUCUCCCGCCUCGUGGCCUCCUUACCCCUGCUGAGCUCUCUGGCCUUCGACGUGCAACCGGGCUUCCAUGCCGGCAAGCUGGCCGGAGAGGCGGUGGACCGACUCAGCCGUCUGGCGGAGCUUCGGCAGACGCUGUUGACGCCCAGCUACGGCGUGGUGCCGUGCUGCACUCAGCUACGCAAGCUGAUGCUGCAAUUCGACAUCUCCGACGUGACCAGGGAGGGCUUUGGCGUCAGCUGCCAUCUGAUGGUGGGGCAGAGCAGCGUGCCGCACUACGAGCAGCUGGAGGAGUUCAGCGCCCGACUGGCUCCCGGAGAGGUGAACCAGACGUUGCUUCUACUCUACCUGGCUGUGUUCAGCGUGCACGUUCCCGAGCGCCUCCGCGUUUUCCUGGUGUCCGUCCCCGGGCCCAACCCGACGCCCUGGCCCGCCGCCCCCUCGCUGGCCCAGAGCUUGGGCCUCCGUGGCGACCUGGAGGCGCUUCAGUUGCCCCGCUCUUGGCUGGACUCCUCGUCGCUGAAGCGGGCCCUGGAGGGCAACAGCCCCAGGCACCUGAGCUUUAGCCGCUGUCCUGCUCUGUGGCCACAGGUGUUCCAGUCUUUAUUGGAGGGCGACGUGCGAGACGCCUCGCGUCUGCUGAGCCUCAACUUGAGCGGCAUCAACCACGUGCCGUACACGGAGUGCCGCGGUGCCGAGGACCAGCUGCUCCCCGCCAACAUGAGCCGACUGGCUUCCCGCUGCGUCAACCUGCGCCACUUGAACCUGAUGCACACGCACUACCAUCACCAGCACGCCGACCCCCCGCUGCCGGCCGGGCCCCAUUUGUGCGCCAGCCUGGCUCAACUCCGCCACCUUCGCUCGCUCACCCUACCGGCCUGCGCCCUUUCGGACGGCGUCCAGGCGCAUCACAGCGCCGCGCACAACUCGUCUCUGUUACUUCUACACGGCUUGAAGAAAGUCCCUCGAGUGGGCGUCCAGAACUACAAAGCGGGCGCGCAGACAGGGACCCAAGCUUGGUGUGGGGAGACCACCUCAGGAAUCAGCCAGCUGGCUGCCGAAUGCCUCUGCCUGGAGACCUUAGAGCUCAUCGGGCCGGGUUUCGUCUCGGCUCUUCCCCGCCUGGAGCCGUGCAGCCGGGCGAGCGUGGAGCCCCGCGGCAUGUGCGCUUGGGCCCGGGGGGUGGGCGACGCCCACCUGGCCGCCCUGGCUGGCUUUGGCCGCUUGCACCGCCUGACGCUCGCCGGCCUGCCCGGCGUCCUUCGGGGCACGGGGCUGGCCCACCUGGUCACGCAGUGCAAGGACCUGCAGGUGUUGUCGCUGGCCAACAUCGGCACGCUGAAAAUCAUGAACUACAACGCCUCCCUGCUGGAGGCACUUCGAAACUGCUCGCAGCUACGGGAACUCCGGUUAGAGCAGCCCUACUUGAACGCCAACUUCACCUUCUUCGAGGCCCUCUCCUGCUGCUCGCGCCUGCAACGCUUCUGCCUCAUCUCGCGCAACGGCUCCUUCGAGGCGGCGGCCGCCGUGUCCUUUGUGGAGCGCUGCGGCAGCGUGGUCAUGUGCCACAUGUUCACCGGCGGCACCUUGGUGGCCUGCCAGAAUCUGCAGAAAACUCUUCUCGACAGGUUUUCUUCCAAGCGUCCAGGCCUAUCUGCGGUCAUUUACCCGAUUCAGCACGAAGACCUGCCCUCCGUCAUCAGAGACAUCCCGCUCACCUUGUUGGACGGCACCACGUUGUUCCAGAGUCACGUGGCCCAGCCGCCACGUUUGUCACCAUGGUGACGUGAAUGCAAUGACCGCCGACGGUGCUGCUGCUGCUGCUGCUGGUUUAUGCUUGAAAAGACUGACUCGGCUUGCUUGUCCCGUUUUCCAGGAUUUAUUUUUAUUUUGUCUUGUUAUGCCUCAAAUAGUUACAUUUUUUUACGAUGAGAUUAGAGGGAGGCUUCUUUCAGAACUAUCAGUUUUGACUCUUUUUAAGGGAUAACUUGCCACUGUUUUAUAAGUGCCAAAUGAAUUGUUUACAAACAUACUGUAUAUUGGACCUACAAUUCCAAUAAAUUAUUUUUCAGAAAUGACAUUUUUUCCUUCACGGCAAAAUGCAUGAUUAAAAGAAUGUUUAAACAUGA